GAUAUCUCUCUAGGUCGAAGUGCCAAAUCACAUAUCUUGGCAACCACGUCACAAGGCUUGCUUCAUAGCCAGCCCAGAAUUAAUCUACCUCUACCUUCCCUGGCGGAGUGCUGUCACGCGGCGCGGCGCGGCACGCGACCUAACCAGCCCAUAAGAGAUGUCAUCGUCAUGGUCGAUGCGGCGGCGGAUGUGGUGCCGGAAGAGGCCGCGUGGGCGUCAUGGAGCAGAGGGGCGGGCUUCCACUGACGAGCCUAUUCGAGAUCUGGAGCUAGAAGAAGAUGAAGAAGUGGAUCAGAUGGGGGUCGUCGGCGGUGACUCGUCGGCCUACCUUGUGGCAUGCAACUCCGACUGGGCUUUCUCUUCCCAGCCCUGCCGCGUGUACAAGAUGGUGGACUCAGGGUCGGACGCUCCCUCGCCGGGGAAGCGCCCGAAUCGGCUUGGCCGUGUGAAGCGCCUCAAGCCGCUUGGCCAUGUGAAGACCACCGUCGCGGCGGGCAAGGUGUUCAUCCCCGUGCGGUCAAGGUCCUGGAUCGUCGGCGUCGGGGGUGAUAAGGCCGACACGGUCAUCUUCGACACCAAGACGGAGGUGGUCAUCCAGGGGCCCAAUCCCAAAUCCGCUAAAUGGUGCCCAGUUCUGACCACCGUGGGGGAUAAGGUUUAUGCCAUGUCUAAGAACCCCUCCUGGAUUUCAGACCCUGAUUUUCCACCCUGGUUCGAGGUACUCGAUCUCUCCAAUGCAUCGGUCGUCGCCACUGACGCCGGCAACGCCCACCUCGAGCUGAAGGGUUGCUCCUGGAAGGAGCUGCCGCAUCCACCAUGCUUCCCGUGGGAGCUCACCCCUUUCAGAUACACGACGAUGCUUCCCCUUGUAAUUACCGUGUCCUAUGUGGUGGUCGGCCUCUACAUAUUGCUAUCCUUCAAUCAACCAGACUGGGGCACAUGGGCAUUUGACACCAGCUCAGACAAGUGGCACAAGGUUGAUGACAAGAGGCUACCCUUUGUUGGCCGUGCCACACACCAUGCUGGCUCUAUCUUCCUUGGCGUGUCGUCUCACAAGAAGAACGGGCCCAUCACUGCGUACCGCAUCCAUGUUGAAAAGGACCAUGCUCAUCUUAAGUUAUCCAUCACCGUGCUGCCGGUAAAAUAUUUGGAAGAUGAAGUUGUUGAUGAUGCAGGGUCCUGCUUCUCUUCCUUGGACAGUGCACACUUUUGCUCAGUGAGUCCUUCAGUUGACAGCCACGGCUACACUCAUGAACCCCAAUACAGCGGCUUGAAUGUAAUCUUGAAGACCUAUCAAAUAGAGGACCCUUCACUCCUAGAGACUUCAGAGGAAACAGUCAAGUGGAUUGCAAUCUCCAACCAAUCGAAGCAGGUCUUAAAGAUUUCCAGUUCAAACCAUGGGUUCACUCCCUUGGCCUUCGCUCUUUUAUCCGUUUAAGCAAGUCACAUUACACCUUGUAACCUUUUUUCACUGUAUAAGUUUCUUAAGAUCCAGUUUGACAUAGAAACAGCCCUUAAUGAUUAUGCUUUUAAAAAUUGCACAUUUCCGCCUUUAUUUUAAUGUUGUAAUCAGGGCCUAUUCCUUAUCUUAGAUGCUAGAGAUUUGCCAUGUAGGUGCUUGUCAGAAGGCUGAAAACUUAUUGCAGUGAGUGUCAUGUUAAGCUACGUGUAGGUAUGCUGAUGAUAUGUACUUGUGUUGCUACCUAUAAUGGAUAAUAGGGAAA